AGAGGCAGCAGAGAUGUUGUGAUUUUUAUGAUAUAUAUUUAUAAGCAACUAGACCAGCAAGUAGAUGCUAAAGAAUUCGGCUGCGCUAUGCAUCCGAAUUCCAUUCCAUUAUGACAUAAUAAAGUAACUGUAGUUUUUUAAACUAACAAGCAAACACACACCACCUAAAUAGCUCUGACUCACUAGCUAUAGAGAAUAAUCAUGUCAGACGCUGAUGUUUGGGUUGGUGUCUGGAGGCCUCACAAGCCCAGAGGACCCAUUGCUGCUCACUACAGCGGUCCUGGACCCAAAUAUGCCCUGCCUGGAGCCACAGGUCUGAACUGCCAUGAUCCUACGAAGCCGAAUGGUCCGGCGUUCAGUUUUGGGACACGUCACCGCCAGGUCACCUCUGACUCCUCCCCAGGGCCAAAGUAUUUGGUUCCCCCCAACAUCACCAGGAUUGGACGUGACGGAACUCCAUCAUACUCCAUCUGCAGCCGUCCAAAAGACCCCUAUCUCUUCCAGAGCCCAGGACCUGGCCACUACUCUCCGGAAAAAUCAGGGAAGUCUGCAUAUUACUCUGCCCCUGCCUACUCCAUAUCUGCCAGAAGCAAAGGUUUCUGCAAUGACCAGACCCCAGGCCCUGCUGCUUACAUGCUGCCAUCCUUGUUCGGGCCUGCAACUGUCAACAAAACCUCUGCUCCAAACUUCUCUCUCCAAGGACGCAGCAAAAUUGGCAACUUCAAUGAAGACCUGCAGAAGUCCCCUGGCCCAGGGACAUACAGAGUGGUGGACCCAUGCAUAUAUAAAAACAAGCCACCCCACUACAGCAUGACAGGACGGAACGGCAUGCCUGGAGACACCACCAAGACACCAGGUCCUGGAGCUUAUUAUCCUGAAAAGGUGACCUUCACAAGGAUCAAACCUCCCAGUUUCUCUUUCGGAGUUCGUCAUUCCGAGUUCAUUGUUCCACUCAUUGUGGAUGUGAUGGAAUAGGAGCCUGUCCAUUUCAUGUAUCCCAUUAUUAAAGUAAUAAACACAGCUGUACCAAACAGCUCACUAAUAAAGUA